AUGGCCACUGAGACCCUUACCCAAGAAGAAGAAAGUCUCGCGCCCCAAGCGCCGCGAACCUCAGACACCAUCACGCAGAGAGGACACCGCGGACCGGUGCCACUGCCUAGUGCCACGCCGUUUCCAGGCGAAACCGCCGUGAAUAGCGGUGCUCGCACACCAAGCAGAGCCUCACCACCCCGCGUCGCAGGCUCCUUUCCGUCCAAAAGCUAUGACCCCGAACGCAGACCGCGACCGCUCGGACCUCAAAGCACGUAUCCCUCAGUCCAGUUCAGUCGAGCGGAGGGCAUGUCCACUCCGGCCCGAAACCCCGCGGCGGCCGCGCCCCCCGCAGGCGACACCGUUACACAAAGUGAGAGAACAAGGGCAGAGCUGGCUGAAGAAGCCUGGCGGGUACUGCGGGCUCUAGGAGCAACCCACAACGAGAGAGUAGACGCGGACCCAACGCCCUUCUACUUCGAACUAGUCGGCUGGCUCCGAGCAGCAGCCACGAGCUUCCUGCGAGGCCACGUGCCAUCCUCAUACCUACCCUUCUUCAAUAACACGAGAUUGGUACGACGACUCAACGAAGUACUACACGCGACCACCGGGACACGAGACCCCAUGAACCUGAGAGAGUACGAUCUGUCCGAAGUCGUCGCAAGAGCGGAGCAGUCGCAUCGUACGCCAGUGCAGGUGAUCAGCGAGGCUGGGGUAACCAUCCUUAUCACUAACCAAGAACCCAUUAGGAUCGGAGACGAGACGAUGAGCCCCCCCUCGACCCCCCGCGCCUGA